AUGCCUCCGACGCAAGUAAGUUUCCCCCCUGUGCCCGGCGCCGACCUCGGCGCAGACGUGGCCGCGGUCGCGGCCGCGUGCGGGGUGCACCCCGCACAGCCCAAGGUCGCGACUCCCGAACUGAACGGCGGCACGACGACGACAACUGCGACCGCGACAACGAAUAGCCAGGCGACGCUGACGCCGCCGCCCGCAAAGGCACCGAACGCGGUGCCUGCAGAGCGCGAACACCUAACGGACGUGCCUAUGGUGACGCGCGACGUUCCGUACGAGCGGAUCGCCGCGUCGCUAGCCGCGCACUACGCGCCGUACCUGCCCGGCGGCUUCGCGCAAUACCGCGAAAUGUACCAGCAAUCGCUGCAACAGCCCGCGCAGUUUUUCGGCGAGCGCGCGCGCGCGCUGCUGACGUGGGUCCGGCCGUUUGAGCGCGCGUUCUUCGCCGACGCGCUCGGCGCGCCGUCGUUCGACAGUAACGCCUGGUUCCUGGGCGGGCAACUCAACGCGUGCUACAACAUGCUGGACCGCCACGCGUUUCGCCACCCGGACAAAGUGGCCGUUGCGUACGAGGCCGACGAGCCCGGUGAAGGCUACCAGCUGACGUACCGUGAGCUGCUGGCCGAAGUGUGCAAGAUGGCGCAAGUGCUCACAACCACGCUGGGCGUGCGCAAGGGCGACACCGUCGCCGUGUACAUGCCGAUGAUACCGCAGGCGCUGAUCGCGCUGCUGGCCAUCUCGCGUAUAGGCGCGGUGCACUCGGUGGUGUUUGCCGGGUUCAGCUCCAACUCGCUGCGCGACCGCAUCCGCGACGCGGGCAGCGAGGUCGUGAUCACCAUCGACGAGUCGCGUCGCGGCGGCAAGACCAUCGAGACCAAGCGCAUCGUCGACGAGGCCCUCAAGCAGACCCCACAAGUGCGCCACGUAUUGGUGUACCGCCGCACGGGCAGCGCGCACGUCGCGUUUCACGCGCCGCGCGACCUCGACUGGGACACCGAGAUCCGCAAGUACAAGCCCUACUGCCCCUGCGAGCCCGUAGACGCCGAGCACCCGCUGUUCCUGCUGUACACCUCCGGGUCCACCGGGGUUCCCAAGGGCAUGCAGCACGCCACUGCGGGGUACCUGCUGCAGGCAAUGCUGACCAUGCAGUACUCGUUCGACACGCAUGCCGACGACGUGGUGUUUACCGCCGGCGACAUCGGCUGGAUCACCGGUCACACCUACGUGCUGUACGGGCCGCUGCUCUGCGGGUGCACUACGGUGGUGUAUGAGGGCACCCCGGCGUACCCCAAUUUCUCGCGUUACUGGGAGAUCAUCGACCGGCUGCAGGUCACGCAUUUCUACGUGGCCCCGACUGCGCUCCGUCUCCUCAAGCGCGCAGGCGACGCGUACCUGCAGGGCUUCUCGCUGCGGUCGCUGCGGUGUCUGGGCAGCGUUGGAGAACCCAUUGCGCGCGAAGUGUGGGAGUGGUACUCGGACCGCGUCGGCCACAACGAGAUCCCCAUCAUCGACACCUACUGGCAGACGGAGUCCGGGGCACACAUCAUCACGCCGCUGGCAGGGGUCACGCCCAUGAAGCCCGGGUCGGUGUCAAUGCCGUUCUUCGGAGUUGAACUGGCGAUCCUGGACCCGAUCACCGGCCACGAGCUCGGCGGCAACGAGGUCGAGGGCGUGCUCGCUAUCAAACGGCCGUGGCCGUCGUUCGCCCGCACCAUCUGGCGCAACCACGAGCGCUUCUUAGACAUAUACUUCAAGCCGUACCCGGGCUACUUUUUCACAGGCGACAGCGUCGCGCGCGACCGCGACGGGUUUAUCUGGAUCCUGGGCCGCGUCGACGACGUCGUAAAUGUGUCGGGCCAUCGGCUGUCGACUGCCGAAAUAGAAGCCGCCAUCAUCGAAGACAAUCUCGUCGCCGAGUGUGCAGUGGUCGGGUUUGCCGACGAGCUCACCGGGCAGGCCGUCGCCGCGUUCGUGGUGCUCAAAAACAGGUCUGGGUGGGCGGAUGCCAGCGAGGACGAGUUGCAGAGUAUCAAAAAACGCAUCAUCGUGAUCGUACGGAAGGAUAUCGGGUCGUUCGCAACGCCCAAGCUCAUCGUGCUCGUCGACGAUCUGCCCAAGACGCGGUCCGGCAAGAUCAUGCGGCGGAUUCUGCGCAAGAUUCUGGCUGGCGAGGCCGACAAGUUGGGCGACGUCUCGACGUUGUCCAACCCGGGGGUCGUCAAGCACCUGAUCGACUCUGUCAAGGUGUGA